AUGGCAGUUAAUUCUUUUCUCUCAGUAUUUUCCUUGUUUCUCAUCUUUUCAGUCUCCAUUGUCACUGCUCAAUCUCCUAAUACGGCAGAUACAAAUUUUACGUGCUCCAAGGACUUGCCUCCAUCAUGUGAUACAUAUGGUACAUACAGAGUGAGAUCACCAUAUUCAAAUUUUGGAAAUAUAUCUGAACUACGGGGAUUAAAUACCUUGUCACCUGUGUAUGGCAACCAGGUGAUGAUUUCCUGUCUUCAAGUCGUCUCCUAUUCGACAGCAACAUUUUCCUCCUUUUGCCAUUGGGAAGAAAUCGAAACAUCAUUGACUCAUUGCAAUUUUAAGUACUGUAGUAGUGUAGUGGCAUUUUUUAUUGCUUUAUCUGGUGUAUCGGCAUAUGUACACCAUUUACACAAGAAAAAAAGAGCAUUGGCUCGGAAUAGUUCUUCAUUGCAAACAUCUGAUCUGAUUCCAACCAAGAAAGUUUCUAAAGAUGAAGUAUUUGAACAGAAGGCCAUUCAGGAUAAGCUGCUUCCUGGAGUUUUUGGAUAA